CUCCCAGACAACUUUACUUCCGAUUCGACAAGGUAUCAAAAACUUCGACGGAGUCCAGCUCAGAUAUGUCGCAAUUAACAACGCUGAUGAACACACAGUGGAGGCAGAAAUUGCUUGCACAGCUGCAAGGCUCGCUACUAUCGUUCAUUUAGCAUGACUUCGGCAUUCUUUAAAACGGGGGACGACUUCGAGAAGGUUCAAGCUGCUCGGCCGGAUUUUAGGCGUGAUGCAGAGGUCACCUUCUCAAAGCCCCCUAAGCCUGACUGGAAGCAGGGCGAGGGUGCGAACGAUGACGGUGAAAGUUUGAAGAAGAAUCAUGUCGAGAUCGACCCUCAUGAGGAAGGGAGACCGGUUUCAUCUAACUAUAAGAUAUUAAUCUCGGGAAUGGUUCCUAGGCCAAUAGCGCUCAUCAGUACCAAGUCGAAGGAUGGAAAGUCUAUGAACUUGGCACCUUUCAGUUAUUCACAGGUCAUUAAUCAUGACCCGCCUCUUUUUGUCGUCGGGUUUGUUGGAUCGCUUGAGAAAGCCAAAGACACGCUGAAGAACCUCGCCGAGACAGAAGAAUGCGUCAUUAACAUCAUCUCCGAACAUUUCGUGGAGGCAGCAAAUGCGACCGCCGUCAACGCUCCGUAUGGUGUUUCCGAAUGGGAGAUAUCCGGAUUGCACCAGGCACCUAGUUCGGUUGUCCAGCCAGCCCGUGUGCAGGAAUCAAUCUUAUCUAUCGAAGGCAAACUGGUUGAAACCAAGGAAUUUGAGAGCAGAACGAUGCCCGGAAAGAAGACUGGUGUAUUGGCGAUUAUUGAGGGUGUCCGGUUCUGGGCAAGAGAGGAUGCUAUCAAUGAGGACCGAAGCGUGAUCGACCUGAAGGUCUUGAAGCCUAUUAGUCGGCUAGGGGGGAUUCAGUACGGGCGAACCACUGAUGCGAUCGAGAUACCUAGACCACAAUUUUAGACAUGACGGAACUGUUCCGACAGAGUUAGUUCCCGAUUACAAAAAGAAAUGUGAGCUAUAUUAGACAGGAGUGCACACCGGCAAUUGAGAAAUACCAAUUUGAUAUAGGUCUCUGAAUCUUGUAGUAGCUGUGAGUAUGUCCUGUAUGUAGAAUGUAGGUGU